AUGGAGGAACAAUUCAAAGCAGUGUUAGAAAGACUCCAGCGCUUGGAGGACGAGAACACGCAGCUGAAGGAGCAGCUCAAGAAGAACGAGGACGACGAGGCCAGGAAGAAGGAGGCCGACGACGCCAAGAAGAGCGAGGCCGCAGCUCGUGCGAGAGCUCCCCCGCUGGUCCCGACCAGCGUGGACACCAAGCUGAUCAACAAGCCAGGCGAGUUCAGUGGGAAGGAAGCGGACUGGCGGAGGUGGUCUGUGACCAUGCGGGCCUACCUCGGAGCGGUGUCCGGCCGGAUGCUGGAGCUCAUCCGGAAAGCCGAGAACUUCGACGAGAGCCUCGACAGGGUGGACUUGGACCCGGGCGACGACCAGCUGGACGCACAGUUGUACUUCAUCCUGACCAUGUUGCUCAAGGAGAACAUGAUGGAGAAGCUAGAGACCGUCGAGUACGGAGAAGGUCUCCUACUGUGGAGGCUCCUGAUGGCGGAGUUCGAGCCGAAGUUCGCGUCUCGCAAGAUGGCCCUGCAGCAGGCGUACCUCAACUUCACCUUCAACAAGGACGAGGACCCGCGGAAGGGCAUCGACAGGCUCGAGACGCAGAUCCGCCAGUACCAGGCCGCCACCAAGAAGACCGUCGACGACGACACCCGGACCGGCGUGCUGCUGAAGGCGCUGGCCGCCGGCAGCGAGUUGCAGAAGAAACUGGGCGACCACCUCGUUCUCAACGCGCACCGCGUGGACACCUUCAUCGAGAUCAAGAUCAAGUUCGCCGGAGCGCCAGGAUCGUCCACCGACAGAGACCCGAGCAGGAAGAGGCAGAGGGUGGACAUCGCUGCGAUCGAGGAGCAGCUGCGGGCGCUCAGCCUGAACAUCGGCGCGCUGAAGGACCAGGACUGCGGGAGCGUGGAGCUGUGCCAGGUUUCCGAGCAGAAGGAGGUCGGCAUGGUCCACGCCCAGACGACGACGAACCACGUCACGAUGGGCCUGGACAGCGGCGCGGAGGUCACGGUGUGGCCCCCGGAGCUCUUCCCGCAGGUGGCCACGGAGGAGAGUCCAGAAUCUCGUAGGGGAGUCAAGUACUUCGGACCCGGAGACCGUGAGACCCCUAGCCUUCCCAAUCUUGGACGACGACGGUACGAUUUGAGGAGGAGCGCCAACGUGAACGUUGUGCCGGUGAGGAAGCCUCUGCUGGCGAUGUGCUCGAUGAUGGACGCCGGCCACGACCUGCAUUUCAAGUGCGGCGGCCGGUGCUACGCCAAGCACUGCAGGCAUGAGAUCGAUCACAUGCCCUAUGCUGCUUGGUGCCGUAGCUGUGUGGCUGGUAAGGGAAAGGCGGAUCCACACUUCCUGAAGACGUCCGACGAUUUUGGCGUCCAGGGAGUGGCUUGCGACUACUGUUUCAUGGGUGACGCCGUCGAGAGCGACAAGGCUACCGACAAGUGCUUGCCAAUCCUUGUCCACAAGUUCUACGGCGAUCGGUGGGUAUCGGCACGCGUGGUCCCACGCAAGGGCCCAGAAACGUACGCUGUGAAGGCCACGGUGGACGACGUGAUGCAGGCAGGCUUCGCCAAGUUUACGUACAAGAGCGACGGGGAGCCUGCGAUCAAGUCGCUCAAGCAGGAGGUGGUGAAGAAGCUACGGGAGGUUGCUGGCCCUGUGGACGUCAUCUUGGAAGAGAGCGGCACGUCCGAGUCACAGCAGAAUGCUGUUGUCGAGCGUGCUAUCUGGGAGGUCCAGAGCACGGCUCGCACCCUAGUGCACGCAUGCUUGGAACAUCAUCGCGUCCAGGUGCCGCUCAAGCACCCUCUGAGGAUCUAUGCCGUGGAGUACGCAGGGCAACUAUUGAACAGGUCCCGGCGUGCCGCCAAGGACAACAGGACCGCCUACGAGAUACGCAAGGGCAAGCCCUAUCGCCGGAAGCUGCCUCCAUUCGGGGAGGCCGUGAUGUACAUGCCGGUAUCAACGGUACGGCGGCGACGGAAGUUCGAGGACAGGUGGGAGACCGGCAUAUAUUUGGGGCUGGUGGAGCGCAGCAACAUGUUGCUCGUAGGCACGCCCCGUGGCGUCUUCAAGGUGAACUGCGUGAAGCGGUUGCCGGCGAUCCAGUCCAGCGAUCCGGAGCUCUUGAAAUCCAUCGUGGGGGUCCCCUGGGACCCAGUACCGGGUCCGAGGUUCGACAGCGAGUCGAGGAAGCUCAUCGUAGACGGGGUGAGGCAGGAGCACCAGACAGACGACCAGGAGGAGCACAGGUUCUACGACCAGGUGAAGUCGCAGGAGAGCCGGAUUCGCCGGAAGCGGGUAGCACCGUGCCGGCUCGCAGUCCAGGCGAGGCUCAGGACCCCCUUCGAGCAGAAGCGGGUAGCACCGCACUGCGGAGAGGUCGCGGAGAUCGUGGGCGAGCUGAUGCACCUAGGGGCGAUCGGGUCGCGGCUGCAGGAGGCGAUCCGGCAGCCUAUCAAGGACGACGUCGACGUGAUCGAGUCGGAGGUGUUCUGCAGGAAGCGGUUCGCUGACCAGGCGUCCCGGUGGGGAGUGCACCCCGGGGUCGCACUAGAUCUGACUACGGGUUGGGAUCUUAAGAAUCAGACGCAUGUGGAGCAGCAUGUGAAGGCCGGAAGGGCCACAGAAUGGCUGACCAACUCCGGAUGCAUCGCCGAGGAACUCACGAAGCUCCAGGGCGGCGAUCGCGAGAAUGCCAUCAACAGCAUAGUGAACAUGAGUCCCAUGGUGGAGAGUAAGCCGGCCAUAGUGGCGGCUGUGUUGAGAGGGCUGCGUAGACAGCUGCAGCAGGACGGUGCGGUCAGCAUCAACGCCCUGGAGCCGGGCAUUACCGGCCACGACACCCAGGAGUGGGGCGAAGACGGGCUCGAGCAGUUCUUCGACGAGCUGACGGGCGAACGGUUGAACUCCCGAGACGUCAGGGAAGCCAAAGUCAAGGAAAUCGAGUUCCUUCGUACUUUCCCUGUCUAUGAGAAGGUGCCAGAGGCGAUGGCCAAGGGCAAAGAGUUCAUCUCGACAAGGUGGACCAUAACCAACAAAGGGGACGUAAACGCACCAGACGUUCGAGCUAGAUUCGUCGGGCGUGAGUUCAAGUGGAAGUCGCCGGCGAUGGAGAACAGCCGCGACUCCACCAUUGGAGAGCGUAAGAUCUUAGUUUUGGACGUUUCUCGAGCGCAUUUUCAUCCGAAGUGCCGCCGGGAGCUGUACAUCCGGCUGCCAGAAGAGGACGCUCAGGCAGGCUUCGUGGGCAGGUUGUUGCGCACCCUGUACGGGACACGAGAUGCAGCAAACGCCUGGGACGAAUUCUUCAACGAAGCGAUCGUCAGGCGCGAGUACGAAGUGGGGCUGUCAUCACCUUGUCUGUACUACUGCGCUGCCGAGGACAGUGCUGGGUGGCGCCACGGAGACGAUCUCGUUUUCGAGGGACCUGAUGAGUGGUUAGACCGGCUCGAAGAGGGCCUCUGGAGCGUGAUGAUCCUCAAGAGACGCGCAAAGCUUGGCUGGGGCACAGCAGACGACAAGCACGUUACCAUCCUGAACAGGCUGGUGGACUUGAACGACGCGUCCCGGGUGGUUUCUCUCGAACCUGACCCACGCCAUGUUGACCUGCUUCGUGGCCUGGUUGGUUUCGACGGCCGGUCGAAAUCCGUGACGACACCUGCCGACAAGCGUUUGGAGGACAUGCACGACGAGGAGCCCCUAGGCCGAGGGCAGGCGACAGCAUUCCGAUCCGCAACAAUGAGGCUAGCUUAUCUCGCUGCGGACGUCCCGGUGUACGGUUUCAGCGCAAACCGGCUGGCGAGGUUCAUGGCUAAGCCAACAGUUGGGUCUUGGGCACGCUUGAAGAGAUGCUUGAAGUACCUACAUGGGCACGGCCGGUGGAUCCAGCAGUUCCCUUUGCAGGACCAGCCGGGCAGGAUCGACGUGUACGCCGACAGCGACUGGGCUCAGGCGGAGUUCGUGGCCCAGGUCAAGGGCGGCUCUGCCGCCAUCGGCAUGAGAUCGAUGAUCCGGGACAUGGGAGGACAGGUGUCCAUUGACCUCCACACCGACAGCACGGCAGGCAAGGGCAUCGCGUCGAGAGUGGGCUUGGGCAAGGUCCGUCAUCUCGACACGGGCUUGCUCUGGCUACAACACCACGUCAAUCGCAGAGACCUCAGGAUCAAGAAGGUGCACAAGGACGAGAACCUGGCGGACAUCGGAACGAAAGCCGUCAGCGUCACCGUGCAGGAGACUUUGAUGAAGUUGAUGAACUUCAGAGAGGCCACAGGACGGCACCCGAAGGCACUGAGGGUUGCCGGAGAAGCGGUCGAGCCAGAAGCGGGUAGCACCGUGCUGGCCGACGAGCCCGACUGA